GAGUUACACUUAUCUCCCCUUGCAAACAAUGGCACGUGUAUGAUUUCAGACGAUCGGAGCUGGGUGACUGUGAAGUGAUUGCAGUGCGACACGCAACUGACGAAACUGAAAAAGACAUAGGGGUUUUUAAAAAUAAAAAAUGUCAGGUUGUGGCACACAACAUCGCUUCUUGCUACUGUAUGGAUCACAGACUGGGCAGGCCAAAGCUAUUGCUGAGGAAAUUUGUGAACAUGCUGGCCAGCAUGGCCUCCUAGCUGAACUCCACUGUCUAAGUGAAACGGACAAAAAGUUCAGCAUAGAAAAAGAAGCCUGCAUUGUUCUUGUUACAUCGACUACUGGGGAUGGUGAGCCACCUGACACAGCUCAGAAAUUUGUACGACGCAUCAAUAAGAAAACACUCCGUGAUGGCUUUCUGGCUCAUUUGAACUACACAGUUUUGGGUCUCGGUGAUACCAACUACACCAAUUUUUGCAACAAUGCCAAAAAUAUUGAUCGACGACUGCAGGAGCUAGGAGCCAAAAGAUUCUAUCCAUCAGGGUUUGCAGAUGAUGCUGUUGGGUUGGAAGUAGUGGUGGACCCAUGGAUAGAGGGCCUGUUCCCUGCUCUUCAGAAUUUUCUACAUGUUGACCCAGCUGUGUGCAUCACAUCAAGGGUUGUGUCUUCAGCCAUUUCAGCUGCCUAUAGCACAGACAUUGCUGACUCUGGAAAUGAAUCUAAGCAAGCUCAGAAGCAAACAGAGGCCAUCAUAGAAAAUGAAUCUUUUAAUGCCAAGACAUCUGAUCACAGUGAUUUGAAGAUUUCUUCAAAUAAUAUGUUGAUUGACAGCAAAAUGAAAGAGAAUGCUUUCAGUGCUGACAUAAACAAUAGCAUGACUGUGAACAGAAGGAAAUUCACUGAUGAUAAAAACAUUUUACUGUCUGGUGUAGGGCCACAGGUUUUAUCAGACAGUGAAGGAGUGAAACUUGAGGAUGCAGUAGACUUGAUAGCCAGUAAUGCUGUUACAGAUACCAUUGACAAGAAAAGUUCAGCAGAAAAUGCUGAUCAAUCUACCAUUGCGGAGGCUGAAGCUGAAUCAAAGCAUUCUUCUUUGCAAACAUCUAUACCUCCAUUGUCAGAGAGUUCCUUGACCUUGCCUGCAGUGACUCCUGCAUUUCUGGCUGCAGAAUACUUACCUGCUGAUUUGCCAAGAAAGCUUGAACAGCUACCCUGGCAAAACAAUCUAAAGCUGCCAUCUGCUGCCUGUGACAUUUUUAUGGCAAAAAUUGUCUCAGCCAGGAGACUUACAUCAAGCGAUGCUGCAAAAAAGACAUUGCUGAUACGACUGGAUGUUGGAAAUAAAAUUGACUAUCGUCCUGGGGAUUCCAUUUCUAUAGUUUGUUCUAACACACCUGAUGAUGUCAUCCAGAUCAUUGACAGACUUGGUCUUCAGGAUGUUGCAGACCUACCCCUCAGGCUUAGUGUUCUGCCUAACACUCAGAAAAGAAGGGCUGCUGUUCCUGGAUACUUGCCUGAAGAGGUGUCAUCACUUCAAUAUAUUCUCAGAAACUGUGUAGAUAUUCGGGAAGUUCCAAAAAAGGCUUUGCUUAGAGUGCUGGUGGAGCACACCUCCAACCCUGGAGAAAAGCGACGUCUUCAAGAGCUGUGUAGCAAAGAAGGAGGAGAUGAUUAUGCUACUUUUCUGAGGGGUGCAAAUGUUUCACUUCUUGAUGUCUUGCGUGCUUUUCCAUCCUGCAGCCCACCUGUAGAGAGACUACUAGAGCACUUGUCUCGACUGCAACCCCGACCCUAUUCUGCCUGCAGCUGUAGGGACUGGAACCCUGGCCAUCUGGACAUAGCAUUUAAUGUUGUAGAGAUUCCUCCUACUGCCUAUCAAGUUAUGUCUCGCAGGGGAUUGUGCACUGGCUGGCUUGACGAUAUCACAAGGGACUUGCAGGACGCUGAAACAAACGCUGAGAAUCACCGCUUCACUGAAGACUUUUGGGUUCAAAUGACAUCACUGCACCUAUCGGAUGUACAGGUUCCUAUCUUUGCACGCAUCAACCAGAAUUUUCGACCACCAAGUGAUCUCUCUACUCCCAUAAUUAUGAUUGGACCAGGAACUGGUGUUGCCCCCUUCAUUGGCUUUCUGCAGGAAAGAGAACUGCUAAGAAGGGAAAUGGCCAACAAAGAAGAAUAUGGAGAAACAUGGCUGCUUUUUGGCUGUCGAAGCAGGGAUAAAGACUUUUUGUUCAGAUCAGAAAUUGAAGACUUUCAGCAGUCUGGAACCCUGACCAGAUUCCUGCUGUCAUUUUCUCGAGAGGAGCUUCAUGAUGGCAGUGCUAAAUAUGUGUAUGACAACCUCCGAACUCACACCCAUGACAUUUUUCAUUUGAUUGAUGAGAAGGCAGCCAUUAUUUAUGUGUGUGGAGAUGCAAGGAACAUGGCUAAAGAUGUCAGUGCUGCUUUCAUAAAUAUACUACGUGAACAGAAAGGUCUGAAUGAGGAGGAGGCAAGGGCUUAUCUAAUGAAGAUGAAGAUACAUCAUAGGUAUCUUGAGGAUGUUUGGACAUGAGGCCAGACUGAAGAAAAUGAUGACAAUUUUUUUUUUUAAAGUAAGGAAUGGAGAGAAACUUGAAUUAUGAUAUUCAUCAUGGAUUUUAACAUCUUCAUGGCAUGGAAGUGAUAUUACAUUGAUCUUGUGUGUUAUUGUGCUUAAAUGUUUAUGUGUACUGCUUUGUUUGAGGGUAAUACUCCUCUAGUUUUAAUCACCCCGAAAAUUUGCAGUCUUUUCCUGUAGACUGAAAUCAUUUAUCAAAGUAUACUUACAUGUGCAUGAUUAUUGCAAAUCAUGGAAGUUAUGAUAUUAUUUGUGUGUUGUUAAACAUAAUUAUAAACUGUCUUAUGCUGGACUUUUUAAUAAUAAAAAGACAAAUAAUUUGGAA